UAACUGGUGUUAGCAAAAUGAAACGACAAAGAACGUUGUUACCUGAAAAACGGCGAAGUAGUGGUGUGAUGCGUCCAACGUUUGAUGAUCUUGAAAAACCAUUUUAUGAACGUGGCGUUGUUGAACUGGUGGACUUUCUUUGGGAUUUCGAAAAGUAUGGUGAAUCGAAAAAGUGGAACGAUAAGGUAAAACGCGUCGUAGAAGUGGAGGAAAAGGUUAAUAAAGUGUGGAAUAUAAAGCAAAGGGACAAUGAAUCGAUACUAAUGUAUACAUACCGUUAUGAAACGCUUGUGGCUCCGGUAAAAGGGAUAAUCAAAGACUACGAAGAGUUGUAUUGGUAUAUAGUUGAAUCAAUGUGUCCAAUAACGUACGACGAAGCAAAAGAAUGGGCAUUGGAAUUGGAAGCAGAAAUCAACGAUGAUUGGUUGCAAGGAAUUGAAAUAGGCAAUACGUUAGUUAAAGCUGACGCUGAAGUCAAAAGAAUUGGAGUUAAAAAGAAGAAC